AAGUAUAAAACACGUAUAAGUGUUGUUCAUUCAAUGGUAAUCUUACAACUUGGUGAUACUCGAUGUAUGUGUGCAUGUAUGUACAUACUGUUGUGUGGGAGUGAAAUUCAGUAAUUCGAAUUUCGCGCUAAGUUUCCGUGUUUUUCCCGAAACAGGGGAUACAGUAUCGCACUUUAUAACCAGUAACUACUUACGUGACUAGGCAGUAUGGCAGUCGGCUGCUUGUGAUGCAUGGUUUGGUUGUACGUAAAGUUAUCGUCGCCGCGUAUUCACUGAUGUUUUUACGAUGACUCAAUCAAGUCGAACCGUGUUUCAGCAGUAAAGAAUGAAUUAUUGGUAUAUUCUUCUUUUAUUCUACUGGUUUUAAUAUUGCUCCAAUUAGUGACCCCAAAGUCAGCACAUUGACAUUGACAGGUGGUAGUUGUCAUUUUCUGGUCGCGUCGUUGGAGGUUAUAGCACCAUGUUUGCAACGCUAAAGAAUAAAAUAAGAGAAGAAAUAGGGAGUGACGUGUCAACUGUUGUUAGAAAUGCCGGCAAUGUGCGCGGUAUCAAUUCAAGGCAUAUGUCUCAGACGGGAUCCACAAGUAGCAUUAGUGGAUCUCAGCUUUCAUUAGAUGGUUCCCGAGAAGAAAAUGCAGCAUCACCUUCUCCACCUAUUUCUUUAAAAAAAGACAAUAGUUUUGAUCUGAAAUUGAAUGAUGGAAUGCAACUUUCUGCCAAAGAUAUUAAAAAAUUUGAAAACAGAGAAGAUGAGUGGCGGAAAAGAGUAGCCAAAAAAGAAGCAGAGAUGCUAAAAAGAAUGGAAAAAAAGGAAGAGGAAUGGAAAGUAAGACUUCUUGAAAGAGAAAAAGAAUGGAAGAAAGUUGUUGAAAAACAAGAAAAAGAGAAAAGCAGAUUAGAAGAGGAACUACAAAAUAUAGAACGCACAAAACAGUCAUUGGAAUUAUCUUUAAAAGAUGCUGAAGAAUACAAAAAGAAGUUGUAUAGUUUUCAAGAAGAUGCAGAACAGCUAGAAGGUUUUCAAACCCAAGAAAUGGCAAAAAUAAAGCAUUUAUUGUUGGCCAAAGAACAAGAAGUGGACGAGAAAACGCAUCAUUUAAAAGCAGCUACUGGAGAAAUUGACAGUUUAAAAAGUGAAGUUUCACGUCUAAGAAGAUAUGAAGAUGAGUUGAACAAUGUGCAGGAUGAAAUGGAAACAUUACGCCAUUCUACUCAACGAGAGAGAGCUCAACUUUCCUGUCAACUAGCACAAACCGAAGAAGAAGUUCGUCAUCUAAAGGACAAAGUUUUUGUGUUAGAACAGAGAAUUGCUUUAGAGACUAAUGAUCAAGUGACUGUUGAUGAAAGAAUAGCUGAUCUGAUGAGAGAAAGAGCAUUGUUAGAAAGGAAGUUGGAGGAAGCACACCUUCAUCUAUCCGAUAUAAAGACUAGUUGGUCAGGGAAAAUAUCCAGUUUAGAAACACAAGUUGGAAGGCUUAGUAGACAGGCUGGUGAGGAAGGUUUAGAGAGAAGACGAGUUGAAGAGGAAAGUGAGAAAUUGAAGCAAAGGAUCAAGCAGCUAGAAGCUGAAAUAGAGGUGAACAAUGUUGUCAUGGCGACGAAAGACGCCAAGCUUUUGCGCAUGGCAGAGGACAUCGACGAGAUGGCCACGGAACUAAAAGAGCUCCGGGCCAGCGUCGAUGAUGAGGUGGAAGAGUUUAAGCGGCAAAUUGAAUCAUCAUCUAAGGAGAUCUCUGAAUUGAAGCAAAGUCUAACAGAAACUACGACGAAGCUUACAGCUAUUACUUCUGAAUUAGCACACGUUCGUUUAUCUCUGGAAGGUGAACGAACAAAUAAUUCCUCCUUACACCUAGAGGUAGCUCGCUUAAGAGAAGACUUAGAAUCAGAACGAACAUCAUCAGCAACUUUAAGGGUGUGCUUAGAGAAGGAAAAAGGUGAAAAGGACUCUGCUUUAUUGAGAAACGCUCAGGUUUCUCAGGACAUUGAAAUUGUGAAACAGGAAAAUCGUCGUCAAGAAGUGGAAAAUGCAGAGUUACAAAAUAGGAUAGAAACUUUAGAAAAUAAUUUACAGAAUAAAAGCAAGGAAGUUGAACAAGCAAUGGCAACAUUAGAAGAAACUAAGAAGCGAAUGUUAGAAUUAGAAGAAGUAGAACGAAACAGAGAGAAAAUGGAGAAAAGUGAGAAAGUUUUGAAAAGUAGUUUAUUGGACCUAGAGGAACAACUAAACGAGAAGACUAAGACAAUUAAGGUUUUACAACAACGGCUAACAGACAUGAAGAAGACCCUUCACCGAGAGUUAAGAGUCCCAUCUUCUUCGCUGGACAGUGAUGCUGAACCUUCUGCUGCAAUUCUCAAGCCUAGCUCGUCAAAGACAAUCACUGCCAGACACACCACUACAAGAGAGGAUGACGUUAACUUCAAAUAUCUUAAACAUGUUCUCAUAAAGUUCCUAACAAGUAGGGAAUAUGAGGCUCUUCAUUUGACAAGAGCAGUUGCCACUCUUCUACAUUUCUCCCCGGAAGAGGAACGAUUGUUGCAAGAAACCUUGGAAUGGAAAAUGUCAUGGUUCGGUACCCGGCCUAAUUUAGGUUUUGGACAGACUGCCAAAGCUAUACCGCCUAGCUGAUAGCUGCAACAAAUUUCCUUUUCUAUAGGUAUCAUAAAAGUGGCCACUGAUUCGUGGUUAAAGUCGAAGAAUUGGAUUGUGUCGAUAAUUGAUCGCACAUGAUCAAAAAGAUUAGCAAAGGAAACAGUGAUAGGAAAGAUUUAUAAGCUAGAGGUUUCAUAAAUUUUGUAAUAUAUUUAGCAUUUAUAAAACACAUAUAUAAUAUAAUUUAUUCACGAAAGCUAUAGCGAGCUUCGAAAACGUGCAGUAUAUUAUUGUGUAGCAUCAAAUAUUAUUUAGAGAAAAAUUUAUAAGUUGGGGAUAAAAAGGAAAAUCUUUAACAUUCAUCGUGUGUAAUGACAUUGAGCAUAAAGAGACAAGAUGCAUAAUAUUGAUUCAGAAGUGAGUCACGAUAUGUGGUUGUUUUCGUAUGCAAAUACUAUACAUACGUAACUUUGCAAUAUUCAAUACACAAGAAUUAUAUCUAAAUCCAUUUAUUAUAUGUAUGUAUACGAUCAUAAAAUGAAAGCAAGGACUUCGGUCAUUAAAA